ACAACAACAGCAAUUGCGUAAGAACUUUUUUUCUUCGUUGCAGAUCUAACUCUGUUAGAUCAACUGCAACAAAAAAACAACGUUUUUGCUUUUAAAAGGGGUCGUUUUCAAUUUUUUGGUUAUUCUUAUUUUGCGUUUUGGGGAUACUACAUCAUUGGGCAAAGCAAGUGAAGUGAUUUUUACUUCGUAGAGGAAUCGUUACAGUUUGGACUAAAUUCUGAUUUGACAGGAAAUAAGUAUAUACCAGGGUUUGCAUUUUAAAAUGACAGCACUGGCUGGAGCAGUCCCUAGAAUGAUGAGACCGACUCCAGGUCAAAAUUAUCCUCGAAACGGAUUUCCACUAGAAGUUUCUACCCCCUUAGGCCAGGGAAGGGUCAAUCAGCUCGGCGGAGUUUUCAUUAAUGGCCGUCCUUUACCAAAUCACAUCAGACACAAAAUUGUAGAAAUGGCCCAUCAUGGCAUCAGGCCCUGCGUGAUCUCUCGCCAGCUCAGGGUGUCUCACGGUUGUGUGUCGAAGAUACUGUGCAGGUACCAGGAGACGGGGUCUAUCAGACCCGGAGCUAUCGGAGGAAGCAAGCCCAAGCAGGUGACAACACCAGACGUAGAAAAGAAAAUCGAGGAGUAUAAACGGGAUAAUCCUGGAAUGUUUAGCUGGGAAAUCAGGGAUAAAUUAUUGAAAGACGGAAUAUGUGAUCGGAAUUCCGUACCCUCAGUGAGUUCUAUUAGUCGUAUUAUGAGAAGUAAAUUUGGAGGCAGAGGAGAGGAUGAGGAGGACGAUGAAGACAUUGAAAGAAAAGAAUUUGAAGAAAGUGAAAAAAAAGCCAAACACAGCAUCGAUGGGAUUCUCGGAGACAGAUCUAGUCACUCUGAUGAGGGGUCGGAGGUAGAGUCAGAGCCCGAUUUACCGCUGAAGAGAAAACAACGACGCAGCCGCACAACUUUUACUGCAGAGCAACUUGAGGAGCUGGAGAGGGCUUUCGAGAGGACCCAUUACCCUGAUAUUUACACUCGAGAAGAGUUGGCACAAAGAGCCAAGCUUACAGAAGCCCGUGUGCAGGUCUGGUUUAGUAAUAGAAGAGCAAGAUGGAGGAAACAAGCAGGAGCCAAUCAGCUAAUGGCCUUUAAUCAUCUGAUCCCAGGAGGUUUUCCAGCAUCUGCUAUGCCAACGCUACCACCGUACCAACUUUCAGAAAGCCCUUAUCCCCCAACAUCUAUACCACAAGCAGUAUCAGACCAGAGUGGCACAGUACACAGGCCUCAACCGCUGCCUCCAACAUCCGUUCACCAGACCAGCCUCAACUCAGGAGCAGAGAGUGGUUCAGCCUACUGCCUGCCUUCUAGUCGGCACAGCUUCUCAGGCUACACGGACAGCUUUGUGACUCCAUCAGGACCUUCAAAUCCUAUGAACCCCACUAUCAGCAAUGGCCUUUCACCUCAGGUAAUGGGCCUGCUGAACCCAGGAGGUGUGCCUCACCAACCUCAUAGUGACUAUGCCAUUUCUCCUCUAACUGGAGGACUUGAACCCAGCACUGCUGUAUCUGCCAGCUGCAGUCAGAGACUGGAUCACAUGAAAUCACUAGACAGCUUGCCCAGUUCCCAGUCCUACUGUCCACCAACUUACAGCACCUCAGGCUAUAGCAUGGACCCAGUGGCAAGUUACCAGUAUGGACAAUACGGUCAAAGUGCCUUUCAUUAUUUGAAGCCUGAUAUUGCAUGAAAUGAAGUGUCCCAACAAGUUCACCCUCAGUUGUCUCAGGCUGACGUCCUCAAAAAGACAUUUUGCUUCUCCCGAUUGGUAGCCUCACCUCUCUUUGGAAAUCAAAGACCAAAUAUCCCUGCAUCUAAGUAACCUCUGAUUCCCCACAAUGGAUCUAAAAAAUAGAAAAAAAGAUACAGACACAUUUGAAUCGAAUUGUCAUGGUGGGUUUGAUGACAAUUAGGAACAGACUUUAAUAUUUAAGAGACAAAUAUGGGGUUGAUUAAAAGAGAAGAAAUGAAUGAAAAUUUUGCUAUUACAAAAAAAGCAGCCGUUCAUAGAGUAAUGCCAGUAGACCACCAGAACAAAGCAGCAGCUCCUUAUAUUUUAUUAUACUUGGCUGCAAACACUAUUUGCAUUAUGUCUGAACUGGUUUUCUCAAUAAAAGACCAAUAUGUUGCAUUCCUUAUCAUUUCAGAGACCAAUGGCAGUUGAUCUUGGAAGUCUCUGCCUCACCAAAUUGCAAAAAAUGUCUGCUUAUCCUGUAGAGCUUAAAUUCAUGGAAAUCAAGGAAAUACCCGUUAUUGCAAUAAUUGGGACCAGUUAUGGAUACUUCAAAAUGUAUUGGGAUCAAGCAGCAGUGUUGGUUGUUUCCUGGAAGCUGCCUAUGUGCAAUAUUACGUACCUCACGAUUAAAGGCAAAAUCAAGAUCUCUUGUGGACUAAGGUUGUUACUUUAUAACAACCAAACCUGUGUAAAGAUACUCACUACAUGGAUUGUGUUUGCUUAAACAUUUACUUGAGUCAAGGAUUUGGCCAUGUGAGGUGACAAUGGUGUGUCUCAGCUCUGUGGAACUUUAGUUUUAAUCAAGCCCACAGCGGCAGAACCACAAGCAAUUCCUAUUUGGCAGCAAAAUGUCCCAACAGUACUUUUUAUACUAUUAAACAUGACAGUGGUUUCAGGACUGUGUUAUUAUUUAUUCCAGCAUAUUCUCGAAGGAUGGUAGUGCUGAGCUUGCUUGUCCUUGUUUAGCCAACUUAGAUAAUGUCUGUAGAAGUAGCACUCUACUGUAGAAAUGUACAUUUUGUCUUAAUGGUGAAGGAAAAUUGAUUUUGUAGAGUUUUACCAAUUCAUUCUCUUUGUUAUAUGACUGCACAGAAUGAUUGUGAUGUAAAUGUAUUGUGUACAAAUGCAGUAAUAUUUACUAUUUAUAAUAAAAGACUUAAAAGUUAAAAAAAUCCUUUAACUGACAGAGACAAAA